CUUCACAAACAGCAUCUGGACCAACAUCAUCUUACGAAAAAUAUCUCACACGCAAUAGAGAAUAUGGCGGACAUGACCCACCACAAGUUUUUGAAAGCCCCCUACACGGUCGGUAUAGUAGGAGCAGCAUUCUCGGGUGGACAACCACGCGGAGGAGUUGAACAAGGUCCUGCGCGUCUCGUGGAGUUUGGGCUCCCGUCUCAACUGUCUUCCCUUGGUUGGAAUGUUGAUAUCGAUGAAAAGUUUCCUACAUACGAGCACCUCCGUCCACCAUCCGAUCAAGAUAUAGGGAAGCUGAAAAAUGCACGAUAUGUCUCCGCGGUCACCAAAUCCGUGUCAGACUCUGUAAAAUCGCUCGUUGCAAAAGGUCAUCUUGCUCUGACGCUGGGCGGCGAUCAUUCCCUGGCGAUGGGAACUAUUAGUGGAAGUGCUGCCGUAUACCCAGAUGUUGGUGUCAUUUGGGUCGAUGCACACGCGGACAUCAACACUCCUGAAACGACCGAAACUGGUAACCUCCAUGGUUGUCCAGUCUCCUUCCUAAUGGGGCUACCCGGCGCACGAAAUAUCCCGUCAUUUGAAUGGCUGUCACCCUGUCUGCCAACAAACAGAAUUGUAUAUAUUGGGCUUCGAGAUGUUGAUGUACCAGAAAAGAAAAUAUUAAAGGAUAACAACAUCAAAGCGUUCAGCAUGCACGAGGUUGACAAAUACGGCAUCGGCAAAGUCGUUGAAAUGGCAUUAGACUACCUUGGUCGCGACAAGCCCGUUCACCUGUCAUUUGAUGUCGACGCGCUGGACCCAAGCGUUGCACCUGCAACGGGAACGCCUGUCCGCGGUGGACUGACGUUUAGAGAAGGACAUUUCAUCUGCGAGGCGGUAUACGAAACAGGAAACCUGGUUGCGGUGGAUAUUAUGGAAGUCAAUCCUCUUUUGGGUGAUCAGGCGUACGUCCUUCAAACCAUUCAGAUCGGGUGCUCUUUGACGCGAACAGCGCUGGGGGAGACACUCUUGUAGGGUUUAAUUGGAAAGAUGGGCGUUACGGUCGAUAAUAUAAAAUAUUUGUAUAUACACGAAUGUUUGCUCUCUCGCAUCUGCCGCUAUCUGUAAGAAGCGUGUAUGCUCAAUCACACGUCUAUUUAUUGUACAGACAGCUAAGUCCUA